AUUGCGAAUAUUUUUUAAAUUUCAAAAUAGACUUGGUUGAUUGUUCAUUAUCUCAGAAACAGUAUUGCCGGACAGUAUAAACAUGACUUCAAAAUUAUUGAAUUUCGGAUUGCGGAAUGCGAGACGCGUUGUUAACUACAGGGCCGCAAAUUUCAGCGGCAUGAUACCGCACGCCAAAUAUUCCACACCUGCCGAAAAAACCUCGCCGUACGAAAGCAUGAACGAAAUGAGGGUGAAACUGGCCCAGACAAUGGGUGUUGAAUUUGGAUACAAGCCAAUACCACCAGACAGGUCCUAUCUUUCAAAAUUCAUACCAAAAUCUCAGGAUGAACUGCCAAAGAGAUCUAUGAAAGACAGUUUUCUUGUUGGACUCAUACCAUUGUCUUCAGAUAAAAUAUUACAGGAAAAAUAUAUAACAUUCUUGGGGUCUGUUAGAUUGGGAAGAUUGUUGGAGGACAUGGAUAUUUUUGCUGUGAUGGUUGCCCAAAAACAUAUCGUAAACCCCAAAUUACCUGAAGGUGUGCCCUCACCUCAAACCCUGGUUACCGCUUUGGUGGACAAAAUCGAUUUCAGCGACUUUGUUCCUAGGCCCGACGAGGAUAUAAAAAUAUCCGGUCAUGUAAGCUGGGUCGGAAAAUCCUCAAUGGAAGUCGUAGUGUGGCUGGAACAACAACUACACGGCACCUGGCACAGGAUAACCCGGGCACUGUUCCUUAUAGCAGCCAGGGACCCAACCAACACCAAAUCCGCCGUAGUGAAUGCUCUGGAACCUGCCGAUGAAAGGGAACGAAGCAUUUUGGCCGGCGGCGAAACUAGAAAGAAGCAAAGGAAAAAGCUGCAGGACCAGCACGUCUCUCGAGUGAUACCGAACGAAGAAGAGCAGAGAAUCAUCCAUAAUCUGUACACCAGCACCAUAGACGUUAAAGAAACUUCUUUGACGAAACGAGCCUUGCCAUCCAACUGCGAGUGGAUGAACAAGUGCACGUUAUCCAACGUCAUUUUCUCCCAUCCCGAAGACAGGAAUUUGCACAACACCGUUUUCGGUGGCUUCAUCAUGAGAAACGCCAACGAAUUAGCCUUUACUCUCGGCUUCAGGUUCAGCAAGUACAGACCGAUGUUGAAGAGCAUCAGCGACAUCAACUUCCAGAAGCCCAUCGCCGUCAAUUCGCUGAUCCAAAUGCACGCGCACGUUGUCUACACUCAGAUGCAGUACAUGCAGAUUAUCGUGUACGUGGAGACGUUGGAUCCUAUUAAUGGUGUCAGCGACACCACCAACACCUUCCACUUUACUUAUCAAGUACCGUCGAUUUUGAAGGAGGUUAUGCCUUUGACUUAUCACGAGGCGAUGAUGUACAUUGAUGGCAGGCGGCACUUCCAGGAUGUUUUAAAGAAGGAUCUGUUGGAUUCGCAGAGUUCUGAAGUACCCGAGUUGGUUAGCAAGUUGUAAAAUGUUUAUUUCUUCAUUUUAUAUCUGUGUUCCAUUUGUAACUAUUAACUUUCCAAUUUGCAGUAUUUAACUUGUACUAUACUCUUAGUUUAAUUUUAAAACUUACCUGCUGGCAGGUUUAUUUUAAUUUGUUUGUCUACACAAGAAUUUUAUGCACAGUUGUUUCAUAUUUAUAUGUUAAAGAAUUUAUUAUAACGUUUUUACUUUAUACCUUUAACUAUGUGAUUUGACUAAACGUUAUAUAAAAAUACUAUUAUAGUUGUGGUUGAAAGUUUACAUAUUUAUUGUUAGUCAUUAACUUAAUCAUGAUUAAUUUAUACCAAAUAAGGAAUUAGAAAUUAUGAGGUAAUGAGACCGACUCAUUAAAGGUGUUUUCGUUUUACCUUUUAACUCGAUUUUUAAGAGACUUUGAGCUGUAUGCCAAUCCCAUAAGGAAACAUGAUUGUGAUAAGACUUGCCUGUUACAAAUUAAUAUAAUGGGAACACAUUUUUUAUUUGCUUUAAUUAUUUAAUACUAAUAUCAUUAUUACCUGUGGUUCACUUACUUAAUUCUAAGGAAUUUUUUUGUAACAUUGUGCAUUGUGUACAAUGCAAAAUUUUUAAGAAUUGUUAAUUGAAUGAACAAUUCGUGAGUCGGUCUUAUUGUGAUAAUAUUGAAGCAAUUUGAAAUUUUCAUUCCAUUUCAUAAUUUAUAUGUUAAUUUAUUUCCAAAACAAUAUUAAUUUUAAGUAUUAUUCCUUGUUUUAAAUUAGUUUUACGUUGCAUUUUAUGAUGUUUAAACAAGAAUUAAAUAAUUAUAUAGUUGAAUAUUAAAAAUCUAUACUUAUAUUUAAUUUUUGGUUAAAAUAAUUUAUUUAUUUUAUUAUAUUUUUAUAUAUUUUAAAUAUUUCUUAAUGUAAUCAAAGAUAAAAUAUAUACAUUUACAAAUAAACGUAUGUAUUUAAUCUUUGAUGCCCCUUUGAACUAAUGUCUAUGUGUCAAAUAAAUGCUUUAAAUGGG